AUGCUCACACGAGAUCAACUUAUGCCACAAUUGGUUGCUUCCUGGACCAUCAAGCCCGUGAGCUCGGCGGAAACCGGGCACUUCCAAAGGCAAAAGGAGAUAAUCAUGCUCAUUCGAAAUUCUGCUGCAGGGUUGAAGGACCUGCGCUGGCGCAGUGUGUCCGGUCAAAGCCUGUGCAAAAGAGCAUGGGCGGCGAGAUGUCAUGCUCGGUCGAGAAGACAUUUCAGCGCCUCACAGACAAGAUGGAUUAAGACGGCCGAUAUGAAGGAGGCUGACCUGGCAGCCCUCAAGGUCGAUGGACGGCGGCUGCUAGACACGCUCCACCAUACUUGCAAGUUCGGCACCGGUCUUCGAUGGGGAAGGCAAGCAUUUUCACCCCAUGUCGAAUAUUCUAUGUUACCGCUUGGGGACUUUUCCGCAAUUCUACGAUAUACGGACAAACAAGCUCGAGACUGGUUUGUGGAAACGACGAAAGCCCUCGGUUGUACCGUUACCAUUGAUGCCAUGGGUAAUACUUUCGCCGUUAGACCAGGGCGCCGUAACGUCGCUCCCAUCUUUGCUGGUUCCCAUCUCGACACCCAGCCUGCCGCCGGCCGGUACGACGGGAUCUUGGGUGUGCAUGCAGGUAUUGAGAUGUUGAACUUGCUCCGCGACCAUGAGGUGGAAACGGAGCACCCUAUUGGGGUGGUGAAUUGGACGAACGAGGAAGGUGCGAGAUUCCCAAUGUCGAUGGUCUCAUCAGGCGUGUGGGCCGAAGACAUUCCGCUCGAGCGAGCACACACCCUCCAGGAAGUCGGUGGCGGGACAGCCACAAUGCGUUCGGAGCUUGAGCGAAUUGGAUAUUUGGGCAGCGUACCAGCAAGUUUCCGCUCGACACCGAUGGCAGCUCACUUCGAGCUUCAUAUCGAGCAAGGGCCGAUACUUGAGGCCCAGCAUCAGAAGAUCGGUGUGGUACAGGGUGUGCAAGCAUAUAAAUGGUUCACCGUCGAGGUUGAGGGAAGAGCCUCGCACACAGGCACAACCCCAUUCUCUGCCCGCGCCGACGCCUUGCUCCUCGCAGCUCAGUUGAUCACUCACUCCAACCGUAUCGCCGUCAAGCACUCUGCUCUUGCCUCGACAGGUAUCCUCACCCUCUCUCCUGGCAGCGUGAACACUGUCCCAGGACAUGUUCGCUUCAGCCUCGACGUGCGUGCCGCAGCUGAUGCAGCCGUCGAGGCCGUGGAGUCAGAGCUGAAGCGGGACUUUCAGACCUUCGCCCGGCGGGGAUCCAUUGACGGCGAUGGCGACUCGUCGCAGAGUCAGGGUCAGCUGCCGCUCUCUGUCAAGGUCACGACGGAUUUUGAAAGUCCGGCUGUGCUUUUUCAUCAGGACUGUAUCUCUUCGGUAAGGGCCGCCGCAAAAUCUGUCCUAGGAGACGAACAUCUUUUCCGGGAUAUGACCAGCGGAGCCGGCCAUGACAGUGUGUAUGCGAGCAAGCGAUGCCCGACCUCAAUGAUCUUUGUACCUAGCAAGAAUGGGGUCAGCCACCACCCCGAGGAAUGGACGAGCCCUGAGGACUGUGCCCUGGGCGCAGAGGUUUUGUGUCAGAGCAUCUUGAGAUACGAUCGCACGAUGGCUUUAAAGGGCUUAGCAAAUGUGUCUUGA